AUGUCUUCCAACUACGAGCAGAUCGCCAAGCAGGCCGAGAAGGACCUCAACACCUACCAGGCCAAGACUGGUGCCGCCCGCCCCAAUGAUGUCGAGAACGCUGGUGUCAACCCCAACGUUGAGAACAAGUUCGAGAGCGCUCACGUCGAGUUUGGCGAUGAGUUGAGCACAAACGCUGGCUACAACAAGCGCAUUCCUCCUUCCGAGGGUGGUAUCACCGAUGACAAGGGCCGACAAGCCACCGGUGAGCUCUACGAGGGCACUGGCGGUCCCCUCGACAAGCUCGAGAAGGCCAACCAAGAGCGCGGCGGCGACAACGACAACGAUGUUGUCAACGCUGGCUUCAAGCAGACCUCCGGCCUCGGCGCCCAAGACGACCUUGCUACCCAGGGCCAGGAUGCCAUGCGCGCCAACGUCGGCCGCAACCCUCCCGGUCCCGGCGGCUCUCAGUUCAAGGGCGCUGACUACACCGAGGACAGCGUCCCCGAUCCCCGCUCCGCUCAGGGCAACAUUGCUCCUGACAGCGCUAUCGAGACUGCUCGCGGCGACUAA